AUGGUUUUAGUUUCCGUCAUUGGUAGAAAAAUGCCGCUUAAUGUGAGGUUAUUAUCAUCUGGAUUUUAUGUAUUAUUAGGUGUCAUUAUUGGAUUUUCUCUGUCAUUUCUAUCUCUGUCGGGUAACUAUAUUGUAACUUCACCGAUGACUCGGCUAGCAGCUAAGCAAAAUGCUGAACGGAUUUUCGAGCACUUUGAUGAUGCGCAUAAUGAAUGGGAAGUUGACGAUAGUGGUGCACCAACUGCUCCGAUAUAUUUCCAUGGAAAUGGAACCAAUCUACAUAGCGAUGAUGAUUCUGUGGCGAAAUUAUUGGAAUCAAAAGUACGAAUAUUCUGCUGGAUAUUGACGGGAAAGCAGAAUCAUGAGAAGAGAGCAAGACACGUGAAAGCGACGUGGAGCCGACGUUGUUCAAAGUACAUAUUUAUGUCUUCCGAAGCAGAUCCAUCCUUACCGUCUAUAAAUUUAAACAUAUCAGAAGGUCGUGAUCAUUUAUGGGCCAAAACGAAAGCAGCAUUUAAAUAUUUGCAUGAUUUUUACCUUGACGAUUAUGAUUGGUUUAUGAAAGCGGACGAUGAUACUUAUGUUAUCGUAGAAAAUUUAAGGUUUAUGCUGUUGGCACAUGACCCAAAUGAACCGGUUUGGUUUGGCUGUAAAUUUAAACCCUUCACGAAGCAAGGUUAUAUGAGUGGUGGAGCUGGUUACGUACUUUCUAGAGCAGCUCUUAAAAAAUUUGUCACCGAGGCACUUCCGGAUUUCAACAAGUGUAAGAAAAGUGAAGCUGGUGCAGAAGAUGCAGAAAUUGGAAAAUGUUUGGAAAAAGUUGGUGUAAAAGCAGGGGAUUCAAGAGAUGCUGAGGGCCACCAUAGGUUUUUACCAUUUGUACCGGCACAUCAUUUGACGCCAGGGCAUCUAGAUAAAAAAUUCUGGUUCUGGAAAUAUACAUAUUAUCCUAUAGAGCAGGGUGCAGAAUGCUGUAGUGAUUAUGCAAUAUCGUUUCAUUAUGUGAAUCCUUCAUUGAUGUACGUCUUGGAAUAUCUUGUUUAUCAUCUGCGACCUUUCGGUAUUACAAAACGACUGAAUUCACAAUCCAUAGUAGCGGCAUAUCAUUUGGCGGUGAAGAAUAUGGGCCCAGAUGAUGUGUUCAAAAAAGUACUUGCUCCAAAUAAAUCGACAGUUUUGGUUUCGCAAAAGUCGGGCAUUCCACCAAAACUAUCACCGAAAGCGGAAAAUAUGACAGAGAAAAAAGCAAAGAGGUAA